ACAUAUUUUCUACCGGUUAUCGGUUUAGUGGACGCCGAGAAACUAAAACCCGGAGAUUUGGUCGGCGUUAACAAAGACUCGUAUCUCAUAUUAGAGACAUUGCCGGCUGAAUAUGACUCUCGCGUGAAAGCUAUGGAAGUGGACGAGAGGCCGACCGAGCAGUACAACGAUAUCGGAGGUCUCGACAAACAGAUUCAAGAACUCAUUGAAGCGGUGGUUCUGCCGAUGACUCAUAAGGAGAAGUUUGUGAAUCUGGGAAUACAGCCCCCGAAAGGAGUGCUUCUGUACGGCCCGCCGGGCACUGGGAAGACACUGAUGGCGAGGGCGUGCGCCGCACAGACGAAGUCGACAUUCUUGAAGUUAGCCGGACCUCAAUUGGUGCAGAUGUUUAUCGGCGACGGAGCAAAGCUG